GCGAAACGUACUGCUGAUGAUUUGGACGCUGCCAAUAAAACCGUCGCUGAUUUGCGUUCCCAAAUGGCCGAACUUAAAGCAAAAAGCAAGACUGAGGUUGAAGGCUUAAACACCGAAGUUGCGUCCCUUAAAGCCGACAUUGCCAAGUUGUCUGCCGAGCGUGAAACAACCAGUCAACAGCUCGAGGAAGCCCAGACCGCCCUGGCCGCAGCGACAAGCAGCUUAGAACAAUCUCGUCAACUGGAAGAAGAACUUCACUUGAAGUACGAGACUGCCGAACUAUCGUUUACCGCCGUUUCAUCGCUCACCAAUCAAACAGAGUCCAAUGGGCUGUCUGGCAGUAUAGUCGCCUUUCUCACACUGGCCGUUUUAGACGCAUAA